AUGGCUACGGACAAGAUCACCUUCUUGACCAACUGGCUAAGUGUGGUUUCCCAGGCACGCGACCCCGUACCACGCCCCCUCUACCUCGCCCAGUCGCGGGGCUACUUCAAGGAUGAAGGCCUGAAGGUGGCUCUGCUGGAGCCCAACGACCCGUCCGAUGUGACCGAGAUCAUCGGCAGCGGCAAGGUCGACAUGGGUUUCAAGGCCAUGAUCCACACCCUGGCGGCCAAGGCCCGUAACUUCCCGGUCACGUCUAUCGGCUCGCUGCUUGACGAGCCCUUCACCGGCGUUGUGUACCUCAAGUCGAGUGGCAUCACUGAGGACUUCCGCUCGCUGAAGGGGAAGAAGAUUGGCUACGUUGGCGAGUUUGGCAAGAUCCAAAUCGACGAGCUCACCAAGUACUACGGCAUGUCGACCGACGACUACACCGCGGUGCGCUGCGGCAUGAACGUGACCAAGGCGAUCAUCCGCGGCGACAUCGACGCGGGCAUCGGCCUGGAGAACGUGCAGAUGGUCGAGCUGGCCGAGUGGCUGGCGUCGCAGGGCCGAGACCGCUCCGAGGUGCAGAUGCUGCGGAUUGACCAGCUGGCCGAGCUGGGCUGCUGCUGCUUCUGCUCGAUCCUGUACAUUGCCAACGACGAGUUCCUGGCGGCAAACCCGGAGAAGGUGCACAAGUUCAUGCGGGCCGUCAAACGCGCCACAGACUACGUGCUGGCCGACCCGGCCACCACGUACGAGGAGUACAUCGACGUCAAGCCCAUCAUGGCCACUCCCGUCAACCGCAAGAUCUUCGAGCGCUCGUUCGCCUACUUCAGCCGCGACCUCAAGAACGUCGCCCGUGACUGGGCUAAGGUCACUCGCUACGGCAAGCGUCUUGGUAUCCUCGACGAGAGCUUCGAGUCCAACUACACCAACAGCUACCUCUCCUGGACCCUCGAUGCGGACUCCACUGAUCCCACCGGUGACCAGAAGCGCAUGGCUGCGCUGCAGGAGAAGGUUGCUGCCGAGGGUGGCUUCAAGCGUCUUGAGGUCUCGGCUUCUGCUUAA